GGCGAGCUGCGAAUGUUCAUUAUUUGAUAAACAGCAGCAGGCGACGCGCGGCGCGAUGCUGGCACUUCCCCGGACUUGGCUCACUCUCGUAUUUUGUAAUGUCAUAUUAUGGAAUGUAAGCUAUGCUCAGUACCAAUCCAUUACGGCUGGUAAAAUAAGGCUGAAGUUGACUUCCAUGACGCGUGAGCUGGUGCUGGACGCGUGUCAGAAGAUAGCCGCGAUCCAGAGCUACCGGCGGGAGUACGCCCGGGCCGAAGUCUUCCAGAUGGGCGACAUGAUACACUACAUGCGCAGCACCUUCAAGAAAAUGACUAAAGUGUACCAGUUGACUGACGAGUACUACUACAUAAGAUACGACGAAGGCUGGUUCCUCAAGAAUUUACAAGAACUAACUCUACAAGCCAGUAUGGUUGAUACUAUGCUGAAUAUUAUAAAAGAAGGGACGGCAAAAAAAGAAACAAGCGCCAUGCUGCACGCGCGGAUGCAGCGCGUGCUGCGCAGCGGCAAGAAGCGGCCGCGCGCCCCCCGCCAGCCCAGCCCGCCCAGCGCGUCCAGCCCGCCCAGGCGUACCACCAAGAGGAGGAACCAGAAGUGGCGACACGUCGUAGAUAACGACUUUGUGCAAGUGUAGAGUUUAACAUGGAAGACGUGCAGCUAAUAAAUCCAAAUUAAAAAUAGCAAUAAGCGCAGGUAUCGUCGAGCCAAAUACAAAGCCUCACGUUUAGAAUUAUGAAGUUAAUGUGAUGUGACUGUGUGAGUAAGAGAGUAGAAGUACAUACAUGGCAAAUUAAACAAAAUACAAAAAUAUAGAGUAUGCAGACCACAAUGCAGACAAUAUGAUUU